CGCUAUCGAACAGGGGUUUGUAUGUGCCGGUGUUUUGUUUUUGCUGGCGAAACACAUCAACUGGCUGCAGCGUACGCUCAUGUUAGGCAAUUCGACUGAUAUCUUAUUGAUUUCUGUGUGUGCACAUCAGUUUGCCAAAAAAGAAUGCGCUCAAUCAAUGCACAAAUUAUUUGCAGCAUUCUGUUGAGCUGCCAAUACGUGCAGUGUACCUUGUCUCCCCACAGCAAAAGCAAGAGCAAACAAAGAGAAUCGAAAUUUCUACGUGGUCCACAGGACAACGAUGUGUUUACCUUGGAUUUGGUGUCAGUGGAGCCACUGGCGAAGGACAUACUAAUACAUCAUGAGAGCUACUAUAAGGACACGGCGUUACGGCGUUUCAAUGGCACUGUGCUGGGCUAUGUGACGCCGUGGAAUUCACAUGGUUAUGAUGUAGCCAAAAUCUUUGCCAAGAAAUUUGAUAUCAUCUCCCCUGUCUGGCUGCAAAUUGUGAAACAUGGCGAUGAUUAUGCUAUAGCGGGCGACCACGACAUCGAUGCCGGUUGGCUAAACGAUUUACGGCGCAAAGGCAAGGUGCAGCAAAAUCAGAGACUGCGUACAGUAAAAGUCUUUCCUCGCAUUAUCUUUGAUCACUUUACGGAUCGUGAUAUUAAGCUGUUGCUGAGCGAUGCAAAGGAGCGCACAUCGUUAAAUGAAAUGCUGAUCCGAGUAUGCAAACAGCAUGGAUUCGAUGGCUUGGUCCUGGAGGUGUGGUCGCAGCUGGCAGGACGUAUAGACGAUAAGAUACUCUACACCUUAGUGCUGCAAAUGGCCAAGGAGUUGCAGAAGAAACAAAUUAGGCUUAUACUAGUCAUUCCGCCACAACGCAAGGGCAUGCCCAAUUUGUUUGGCGAGAAGCAUAUGGAUAGGCUAUACAAGUACAUAUAUGCCUUCUCCCUGAUGACAUAUGAUUACUCCACGGUGCAGCGACCAGGCGCAAAUGCUCCCCUCUAUUGGGUACGCUCGGCUGUGGAGCACAUUGUGCCUGAUGGUUGCCCAGAAAUGGAGGUGAAGCGUGCUAAAAUAUUGUUGGGUCUGAAUAUGUAUGGCAAUGAUUAUACGCCCGAUGGCGGAGGACCCAUUACAUACGGGCCGUACUUGGAGCUGGUCAGACAUGUGAAGAAGCAACUGACCCAUGAUGAACGCGACAUGGAGAACUUUUUCGAGAUUAGAACUGAGACUGGACGUCACAUUGUGUUUUAUCCCACGCUUUAUUCGAUCAAUGAGCGUAUCCAAUUGGCACAGCAGCUAGGCGUUGGCAUCUCUAUUUGGGAGCUAGGCCAAGGAUUGAAUUACUUUUACGAUCUCUUUUAAAAGGCAACGCAUUCCAGUCUAGUGAAU